AUUUGGUUCCGUUGUCAUAUUUAUGGCCGCGGCGUGUUGCCAUGGAGGCAUCUGUGGAGACGCUCGUGUACCAAAUGGAGGAUGACGACUCUUCCAUCAAGCAUGAUGCGAUAAGGAAGUUGCGCGAAAUCGCAGCCGAAUUGCCCCGGCAAUCGACCGUGCCCCCGUCCUUUCCAGUUCGAAAUGCACGGCGGUUCCUCAACUGUCUUCGUCGACGCCUGCACGACACAGACCGUCGAGUCGUCGUCGAAGCGCUGCACUUGGUGUGCGACUUGAUGCCAGUCCUCAGUGCAGAAAACAAGGCGCACUUAGCCCAGAUCGUGCUUCCGCCGCUGCUGACACUCUUGCCGGCGGACGACGACUGGCGAGAUGGCGCUGCCUUUCCCCAAACAGCCCUGCAUGUGCUGUGGGUAUAUGCACAAGACGGCAACGACUUGAGGCCAAUCAUGGACCUCCUCAUCAACCAAGGGUUGAAUCACGACGAUGGAAUUGUCCGAGAGUCGGCGAUUUUGGCAAUCAAGCACUUGAUGCUAUUGAAUGCCACGGCGACGCACGCGUGCACCUUGGACUAUCACAUGCUCGUCGAGGUCCUGAUCCCGUCCAUGGAAGACGACGAAGAAAGCACCGUCGUCGCGGCAGAGGAGACGCUCGGGUGGAUACAAGGCCAUCUUGGCAACGAAGCGUUCGCCAAACUCGCACAAAGGCUCAACGGACGCGACAAAGCGAUCCUUGUCGAUCACAAACCCUUCAUAGCCAAGUUCAUCCCGGAGAAAAACGCCCACGAUUCUCGCGCGACAGCGUCGCAACUGCAGUUUGACUUGGUGCCCAAGUGGAUCGUCGACGUCUUGACCGCGUCGACAGCGUCAAGUCCAGAGAAACUGGUCGCCAUGGACAACUUGACUCAACUGGUGUUUGACGCUGAAAUAUUGACUUGUCAGUGGCAAUCGCUCCUGGCGUUCUUGCUGUCGCUGUGUGUGGUCGUGCCUGCCGACUCCCACCGCCUUGUUCGCUCCACGCUGGAAUGCAUACGGCACGUCGUCCAAGCAAUCCAGAACAGGAUUGGGACCGUCGACGGCGUAUUCCCCGUCCUCGUCGAAGUACUGUCCGAGAUGCCUCAAGAUGUCGUCCUGCUUGACCUCCUGCAGCUACUAUUCCAGUACGACCGCGGCGUGUGCGGCAAACUCGCGCCAGCCUUUCAACACCAUUCGUCCCGUGUCCGUGAACAAGCUUGUCUCGUCCUGCUCAUGUUCAUCCUCCGCCACCCCAACGAAUCUCUGCCGGUCGCGCCGUUGGUUCUGCAUCUGGGACGGCUCCUCAGUGACCCGAGCGUCCGAGUACGCCAAACCGCCAUGGAAGUCUGCGCGGUGCUAAAACAUGUUUUCAAACUCGACAUGAUAGCACUCCUACGAUCCAACCAAGAUGAGCACGCUGAUGCCAUCGACUGGCACGUGCUGCAACGGCGGCUACAUCAAUCUUUUGUGCCAGUGCUGACAGCGCGAGGGUCCGUGUGUGUGGACCCGUCGUCACCAGUGCACGACGUGCUACCACCUCGGGGGAACAUGGACAAGUCGCAAACGUGGUUACCCAACGAAUCGAUUGAUGGCGGCGAUGGAUCCCCGUCAUGGAGUUCGACUCCUCCGUCGACUGUAUCGGCCGUGCAGCCAAGUGCCCACGACAUUGCCAAGAGCUUGGCCACACUCAAACAGCGGUCUCUGCAAAAACGAAUUGGCAAGUCUGUCGACGCUGCCCGGACAUCCGCGUUAACUCCAGUUGAAGGGGGAAAGUACUUACCCACCGGCGAACGCGUGCAUCGUCUUCGCCUUCCCGCACAACUUCCUGCGAGCGAUGCCUCAUCCACAGCGACACAAGGUCGCGGUGACGACGACCGCCCCAUCAAACCUAUGGUCCAACAGAGCAGAACCGACAAGCCAGGGUUGACAGAUCGACCUCGUGUACAAAACGUGUCGGAUUCCAUCGAUUCGCGGCCGAUACAUCCACUGCAAAGGCAGCACACCCGCGAAGACUUUGCGGCAGCUGACGACUGCGACGACGGCAUGUACUACUCGCCACGGACACAUCGAGCACGGACAGUCACGCCAGUGCAAGGGGAGGUACUCCACGACGACGACGCACACAAGACUUGGCACACUCUUGAAGGCGAAUCACUACAGCAACCACGCGUGGCUGCCAAGCGCACCGUACCGUCCGCCCCAUCCAUGAAGGCCGACACUCCGUACGAGCGCAUCGACGUCGAACCCACGCCUGACAUGACCCCACAUGCGAAUCCUCCGGCCCCACGUGUAAUGACCCUGGCCACGCGAAAGCGCCUUGAAGCCAAACGAGCCAAAGAUGCCGCGGCCGCCGUAGCAACUGCCGAUUCGUUGCCAACGUGUGCGCACGGGCGCCUCAAAUCAGGCGACGAACUUCGCGCGGCGCUGCGGGCUGGCAAACAAGAGUACGUGCCGACAACCGAGUUGAGCUUGUAUCCGUUGACCGGAUCGGCCAAGACAGAGUUGGCCAAGUGUGUUGAGCUCUUGCAUGCGUCAGACUGGGAAAGAAACUUUGAAGGGCUUACGGACCUCCGCCGCAUCGCGGUGCAUGCCCCAGACGUGGUCGGGGGCCAGCUCACGACGUUGGUGGAUCAAGUCGUCAAGCAAAUUAGCAACUUGCGCUCGAGCAUUGCAAAGAACGCCAUGUUGGCCAUCGAGACGCUGUGCGUGUCGCUGACGAGGAAAAUGGAUCCAGAAAUGGACACGGUCAUCCCGUUGCUCUUGAAACGAGCCGCCGACACGAACGCGUUCUUGAGCGAAGCGGCAGCACAGACACUGGCAGCCGUUGUCCAAACAUGUUCGGCGGGCAAGGUGCUUGCAGCGUUGUUUCCCCAUGCAACAUCCAAGCACGUUCUCGUGCGCAAGCACGUGGCAGUCGUGGUGGGCACGAUAUUGCUUGCCGAAGGACAUGCUGGUCGCCUCGAAGGUUUCCGGGACUUCGACCGGUGCCUGUCGUUGUUGUGUGCGUUGGUGGGCGACUCGAACAACGAAGUUCGCGAUGCUGCCAAGCCCACGUUAAUCUAUGUCAAGUCGCUCAAGUUUGUCGAUUCGGCGCGGCUUCAGCGCGCAGUCCCAAAUGCCACGUUGGUCCGUGUGGAGCACGUGCUUCAGAGCACGGUGGUGCCAGACGACGUCACUCGCGCGGCCUCGGCCCAGGAGAAACAGCUUGUAGGGUCCAAGCAUGCCACCAAGGCACUCAAGCCGACCGUCGAUGUAGCUGUUGCAGCCCAUGGUAGCAUGCAGGACGAGCUGUCGACGAUGGUCGUUGCGCUCGAAAGCAGCAACUGGAAGGAUCGGUACGAUGCCGUCGAAGCAUGCAAAUCGUUUGUGCACCACCACGCGUCGAGUUUGUGUCAAUCGGGUAAACUCGUCCAGUUGUUUGACACGUUCAACAAACGUCUUGACGACGGCAAUGCCAAGGUGACUCUGUGCGCGCUCGACACACUCGUCGACGUGAUCCCAGCACUCGGAAACGGAGUCGACGCUGUCCUUGCCAACCUCGUGCCGACGUUGACAAAAAACUUGGCGGCCAACAAUCAAAAGGUGGUGGGGUUGGCGGAUCAAGCGCUCGAUUUGCUCUGCCAACACGUCGACGGAAAGUUUGUGUGUCCGCCGUUCGUCGUGGCCGCUCGAAGCGCCAACGGACGAACGAAGCCAGUCCUGAUCGACAAGAUCACACGCGUCACGCCCGCCAUGACGUCGUCGACGCUUGCACGCUAUGUCCUUCCACUCGCAUUCGACCUCUUGAAAGAGAGCAAGACGGACAUCCGGGACGCGACACAGACCCUCGUCCGCGCGCUGUUCGCGUCGAUGGGGUCGGCCAUGCUCGAUUCCGCAUACAAGCUCCCCAAGACACACCAAGACAAGCUCGGCGGCAUCCUCGGGGUGCGCAUCUGACUCGAGUGGAGGCAUGUCUUGCGCACCCCCCCCCACCAGCUUUUCCUCCUCGCCUGCACAAGUCGCCACGAUCCGAUCCACCAACCCAACGUUUACGUCGUCGUCGUCUUCAGCCAACACGGUCGUGAGCGACGACGUUGCAGCUUGCGUCGAGGCAUCGAACAUGGACAACCACGAGCACGACGACACAAGAAGUACACUCAUACAUGUAUACAAAAUUGUUGGUUAAUGUGCAAGAUGCAUCACGAGCUACGAUGCUCGAUUAGGGGGCAGAGGGACAAGGGGUCAUCGUCGGCGUACGACUCGUAGUUGGACGGACUGUCGUCGUCGUAGUUGGACGGACAGUCGUCGUCGUAGUUGGACGGACAGUCGUCGUCACAAUGGGCGUCUUUGUCGUCGUCACAGGAGCAGCGGUGGUGGUAGGCGC